CCCGGCUCCACCCCUGUCCCCGGAGCUCCACCAGCCGCCGCCAUGAGCAGCUUUGGAGCUGGUAAAACCAAAGAAGUUAUCUUCAGCAUGGAGGAAGGCUCCGUGAAAAUGUUUCUAAGGGGCCGUCCUGUGCCUAUGCUGAUUCCUGAGGAGCUGGCGCCCACCUACAGCCUGGACACACGCUCAGAGCUGCCUUCCUGCCGCCUCAAGCUGGACUGGGUUUACGGCUACCGAGGCCGUGACUGCCGGGCCAACCUCUACCUGCUGCCCACUGGGGAGGUGGUGUACUUCGUGGCCUCCGUGGCCGUGCUGUACAGUGUGGAGGAGCAGAGGCAGCGCCACUACUUGGGACACAAUGAUGACAUCAAAUGCCUGGCGGUCCACCCAGACAUGGUCACCAUCGCCACAGGGCAGGUGGCGGGCACCACGCGCGAAGGGAAGCCACUGCCGCCCCACGUUCGCAUCUGGGACUCAGUUUCCCUCUCCACCUUACACGUGCUGGGCCUGGGGGUGUUUGACCGCGCCGUGUGCUGCGUGGGUUUCUCCAAGUCGAAUGGGGGCAACCUGUUGUGUGCAGUGGACGAAUCCAACGAUCACGUGCUCUCUGUGUGGGACUGGGCCAAGGAGACCAAGAUAGUGGAUGGCAAGUGCUCCACCGAGGCCGUGCUGGUGGCCACCUUCCACCCCACGGACCCCACGCUGCUCAUCACCUGCGGGAAGUCCCACAUCUACUUCUGGAGCUUGGAGGGGGGCAGCCUGAGCAAGCGGCAGGGCCUCUUCGAGAAACACGAGAAACCAAAGUACGUGCUGUGUGUGACGUUUCUGGAGGGCGGCGACGUGGUCACUGGAGACUCCGGAGGAAACCUCUAUGUGUGGGGCAAAGGUGGAAACCGCAUCACGCAGGCCGUGCCGGGCGCCCACGAGGGCGGCGUGUUCGGGCUGUGCGCCCUGCGGGGCGGCACGCUGGUGUCCGGAGGGGGCCGCGACCGCCGCGUGGUGCUCUGGGGCUCCGACUACAGCAAGCUGCAGCAGGUGGAGGUCCCCGAGGACUUCGGCCCCGUGCGCACGGUGGCGGAGGGCCGCGGGGACACGCUGUACGUGGGGACCACGCGGAACUCCAUCCUGCAAGGCUCGGUGCACACCGGCUUCUCGCUGCUGGUGCAGGGUCACGUGGAAGAGCUAUGGGGCCUGGCCACACACCCAAGCCGGGCACAGUUUGUGACAUGCGGGCAGGAUAAGCAGGUGCAUCUGUGGAGCUCAGAGUCCCACCAGCCCCUGUGGAGCAGAACCAUUGAGGACCCCGCCCACUCGGCCGGCUUCCACCCCAGUGGCUCUGUGCUGGCUGUGGGCACGGUGACUGGCAGAUGGCUGCUGCUGGACACGGAGACCCAUGACCUGGUGGCUAUCCACACCGAUGGCAACGAGCAGAUCUCAGUGGUCAGCUUCUCCCCAGACGGGGCGUACCUGGCCGUGGGCUCCCACGACAACUUGGUGUACCUGUACACGGUGGACCAGGGCGGCCGCAAGGUCAGCCGCCUGGGCAAGUGCUCGGGCCAUUCCAGCUUCAUCACCCACCUGGACUGGGCCCAAGACAGCAGCUGCUUUGUCACCAACUCCGGGGACUAUGAGAUUCUGUACUGGGACCCAGCCACCUGCAAGCAGAUCACCAAUGCAGAUGCAGUGAGAAACGUUGAGUGGGUCACUGCUACUUGUGUCCUGGGGUUUGGGGUAUUUGGGGUGUGGCCAGAAGGAGCAGAUGGUACCGACAUAAACGCCGUAGCCCGUUCCCACAACAGAAAGCUGCUGGCUUCUGCAGAUGACUUUGGCAAAGUCAGCUUGUUUAGCUACCCCUGCUGUCAGCCUCGAGCCCUCAGCCACAAGUACGCUGGACACAGCAGCCACGUGACGAACGUGGCCUUCCUGUGGGACGACAGCCUGGUCCUGACCACAGGUGGCAAGGACACCAGUGUGCUGCAGUGGAGGGUGCUCUGAAGCCGGGGGUGGGGGGCG